AUGUCGACAGCGAGCCCACGAGUGCGGGUCGCAGCCCAAUCUCCCAGCAGGGCCCGAUGCGGCGGGCAGGACACCGGGGACCUGGAGUCCGGGGCCGCGAUCGGCGACCUGCGGAAGGGCACAUCCAACAUGUCAUUUGAGGAGCUUUUGGAAUUGCAGAGCCAAGUGGGGACCAAGAAGUACAAACAGUUGGUAUCUGGAAACAGUACUAAGAAGCAAGAUUCUAGACCACCUGUCCAGAAUACAUGUGUUGCAGAUAAGCACAGGCCUCUGGAAAUGUCGGCCAAGGCCCGAGUGCCAUUUUUGUGUCAAGUUGUCCCCAUCAGUAAGAAGGUGGCCCGGGACCCCCGCUUUGAUGAUCUAUCAGGAGAAUAUAAUCCCGAGGUGUUUGACAAAACAUAUCAGUUUCUGAAUGAUAUCCGAGCCAAAGAGAAGGAGAAUGCUAACUAUCAUUCAUUUUCUGAUGAGAAGAUUGUGAAAAAACAAUUGAAGAAGCAUCGUUCAGGGGAAGAGCAUGACAAACUGCAGCUGCUGCUUCAGCGGAUGGAGCAGCAAGAAACGGCACAGAAGAAUCGGAAGCAGCAGCAGGAGCUACGCCUAGCCCUGAAGCGUGAGCAGCGGGCUCAGGCCCAGCAGGGUCAUCGACCGUAUUUCCUGAAAAAAUCCGAGCAGCGUCAGUUGGCCCUAGCUGAGAAGUUCAAGGAGCUGAAACGCAGCAAGAAGCUUGAGAGCUUCUUGAGUCGAAAGAGGCGCCGAAAUGCAGGCAAGGACAGGCGACAUCUCCCCUUGAGCAAAGAGUAG